AUGUUAAAGGGAAUUUACAUUUUGAUUUGCUAUAAUGAUAUAAAAAAUGACUAUUUUAAAUGUUUAACAGAGACCUCCUAUUCAAUUAUAAUCAUGCAUUUGCAUUGGUUGGUUUUAUAUUGAUUUUUUUAAAACUCCCUUAUUGACAAAACAAUGUUAGCAGUGUGUGAAGAAUACAGAGAUCUUGUCAGGAAAUAUUUUUAACAGGCUGUUAUGUUAGAAAACAAAGUACUGUGCGAUUUUCUGUGCUGAUUUCACACUAUGGAACAAAGUAAACAGUCUAUCUCAUAAUUAUACCUGUGUCACAAACAAAAAAUUGAGAAAAUCGUAAAACGUCCUGAAAUAUAUAUAUCGCCUAGGCCUAUCUGAUGUUUUUUUCUGUAACUGUCACUUCUAAGAGAAUCGCUGCUGCAGACCCAUAUAGGUUUAUUUUGAAUAUUUAAUUUAACUGAAUAUUUCGAUGCCAAUUAGCUGUCACCGUAUUAACAGCCUCUCGUCCUGGAGUACAUGUGUUGAACAAAUGACCAUCCUGUCAGCUCACCUCUGUCCAGGAGAACAAUGAAGUCAGUCAUGCUGAACAAUUGCUGACCCAUGAGUUAUGUUUCAGUGAACGAGAUGAGCCAACAGGAUAGCCCCGUGAAUACUCACUCUUGACUGACUACAAUCCCAUAUACAAGCUAAAGUACGAGCAUGGCGAAUAAAUCAAUCUAUGAUUUCUCUGCUGAGACCCUGGAUGGACAGGUGGUUCCGCUCAGUAACUACAGGGGUAAGGUGCUUCUCAUCAUCAACGUUGCCACCUUCUGAGGGUCAACAAUAGAGGAGUACCACCGCCUGAAUGCACUGAUGGAAAUGUUUGGUGACCUCAACUUCACUGUCCUAGGAUUCUCCUGCAACCAAUUUGGUCUUCAGGCACCUGAGGUGAAUCAUGAAACACUUAAUAUUCUUAAGUAUGUGAGACCUGGUGGGGGAUUCGUGCCAAAGUUUCCUGUAUUUGGGAAAGUUGAGGUGAAUGGAAAAAAUGAAGUACCACUUUUCGCCUAUCUAAAGGUAGUGUGUUUCACAUAG